GGAGACGCCGCGCUCCGCCCCGAGGAGGCCACGGCCGGACGAGCGGAGAGGCGGCCCGCGGGGUCCCGGCCCCGAGGGACCUGAGAAGCACUGGCAGGGGUCUGAUGAGAUGGCAGCGUUUGCAAAGGGCCGCCUGGGAUGAGCCCCCGCACGGGGAAGCCGACAGGAGGCGCUGCGUCCUGAGCGCGGCCGGGCGCCCGGGGCCAUGGCGCUGCGCCCCGAGACCGCGGGCGGCCGGCGCGUCGUCACCAUCAACGUGGGCGGCUGCAGGGUGCGCCUGGCCUGGGCGGCGCUGGCGCGCUGUCCCCUCGCGCGCCUCGAGCGCCUGCGGGCCUGCCGCGGCCGCGACGAGCUGCUGCGCGUGUGCGACGACUACGACGCGGGCCGCGACGAGUUCUUCUUCGACCGCAGCCCGUGCGCCUUCCGCGCCAUCGUGGCGCUGCUGCGCGCCGGGAAGCUGCGGCUACUGCGCGGCCCGUGCGCGCUGGCCUUCCGCGACGAGCUGGCCUACUGGGGCAUCGACGAGGCGCGCCUGGAGCGCUGCUGCCUGCGCCGCCUGCGCCGCCGCGAGGAGGAGGCGGCCCAGGCGCGCGCGGGGCCGCCGGGGAGCCCGGGCCGCCGCCUUCGGGACCUGCUGGACGACCCGCGCCCGGGGCCGGCCGGCAAGCUCUUCGCCUGCGUGUCCGUCGCCUUCGUGGCCGCCACGGCCGUCGGCCUGUGCCUGAGCACCAUGCCGGACAUCCGCGCGGAGGAGGAGCGGGGCGAGUGCUCCCCCAAGUGCCGCAGCCUGUUCGUGCUGGAGACGGUGUGCGUGGCCUGGUUCUCCUUCGAGUUCCUGCUGCGCUCGCUGCGCGCCGAGAGCAAGUGCGCCUUCCUGCGGACGCCGCUCAACAUCAUCGACAUCCUGGCCAUCCUGCCCUUCUACGUGUCGCUGCUCGCGGGGCUGGCGGCGGGCGGCGCGGGCGCGGGCGCGGGCGGCGCGGCGCUGCUGGAGCGCGCGGGGCUGGCGCUGCGCCUGCUGCGGGCGCUGCGCGUGCUCUACGUCAUGCGUCUGGCGCGCCACUCGCUCGGGCUGCGCUCGCUCGGCCUGACGGUGCGCCGCUGCGCGCGCGAGUUCGGGCUGCUGCUGCUGUUCCUGUGCGUGGCCCUGGCCCUGUUCGCGCCGCUCGUGCACCUGGCCGAGCGCGAGCUGGGCGCGCGCCGCGACUUCUCCAGCGUGCCGGCCAGCUACUGGUGGGCCGUCAUCUCCAUGACCACCGUGGGCUACGGCGACAUGGUGCCCCGCAGCCUGCCCGGCCAGGUGGUGGCGCUCAGCAGCAUCCUCAGCGGCAUCCUGCUCAUGGCCUUCCCGGCCACGUCCAUCUUCCACACCUUCUCGCGCUCCUACUCGGAGCUCAAGGAGCAGCAGCGGCGCGCCGUCGGCCCCGAGCGGGCCCCGCGCGACGACAGCACGCGCUCGGACAGCACGCGCUCGGCCCCCGCCACCGAGGACGGCGCGCAGGGGCCCGGGGGCGGCCACGGCUGCCGCCCGAGCCCGGGGCCCGCUCCCGAAGAGCCUCUGCAGAAGUAGAGCCUUCGCCUCUCCUCCCGCCCGCCGCGCGACCCGGCGGGGGGGGGGGACGGGGGAGGGGAGGGGAGAGGAGG